GUCAAAUAUAUAAUGGAGGUCUUCGAUCGGCCUGACAUGGCGGACAACACGACUGGUCCGGUGACCCGGCCCCGAUCCGGGUACUUUCUACAGGUGGGCAUAUGAUGUUCCCGUACCAUUCAUUGAGGAUCGAUGUGGCCCACGCCUUGACGUUUCUGUUUUGUGUUCCACCGAGUUUUAUCAAAAACCUCGUCAUCGUCCCGUCACUCAUAUCCAGCCGGUGACCAUAAUUUUUCAAAUUGCCACUCAAUCUCGUCAUGUCUCAGGUGAAUGAGAAAGAUCCCUUGAUCAAUCCUGCCACAGCAACCGAGGAGAAGGCUGAUUCAACUAUGAAGAAAACUUCCUCUGAAUCAAGCUCCUCGGAUGUGCAAUCCGGAAAACUACCUGCAAUGUCAUCUGCACCUGGGGCUGGAUUUCCUGCAAGUCCUUUCGACUUCUCAUCUAUGGCUAGCCUACUUAAUGACCCAAGUGUCAAAGAAUUAGCUGAACAAAUAGCAAAAGAUCCUUCAUUCAACCAGAUGGCAGCACAACUCCAGAAGACCUUUCAUGGUCCUGAAGUGGGCGCCACCCAGUUUGAUUCACAACAGUAUUAUUCCACCAUGCAGCAGGUUAUGCAAAACCCGCAAUUCAUGACCAUGGCUGAGCGCCUUGGUAAUGCCUUGAUGCAGGAUCCAUCAAUGUCUCAUAUGCUUCAGAAUUUAUCUAAUCCAGCUCAAAAAGAUCAGCUUGAGGAACGAAUGGCACGUAUCAAGGAAGAUCCGUCCUUGAGACCUAUUUUAGAAGAGAUACAAUCUGGAGGUCCAACUGCAAUGAUGAGGUACUGGAAUGAUAAAGAAGUUCUACAAAAGUUGGGUGAAGCAAUGGGUGUUGCAGUCCCGGCAGAUGCAGCCUCUUUAGCUGGAUAUUCAGGUGCAGAUGAGGGUGAAGGAGUAAAUGAGGACGAGUCUGUUGUUCAUCAUACUGCUAGUGUUGGUGAUGUGGAGGGUUUGAAGAAAGCAUUAGAAGCCAAUUCUGAUAAAGAUGAAGAAGAUUCAGAGGGGAGGACUGCCUUACAUUUUGCAUGUGGAUAUGGAGAGGUGAAAUGUGCUCAAAUCCUCCUGGAGGCUGGAGCAAAAGUUGAUGCUUUAGAUAAGAACAAGAACACGGCCCUUCAUUACGCGGCUGGUUAUGGCAGGAAAGACUGCGUGGCCCUUUUGCUCGAAAAUGGUGCAGCCGUUUAUGAUUUAGGAUUUCCUGCUGCUGCAGUACUCUUCAGAACAUGGAUGGUAAGACACCGAUUGAUGUUGCCAAACUCAACGACCAAAACGAUGUACUGAAGCUGCUCGAGAAGGAUGCAUUCCUAUGAGUUUUAUGGAUGGUUUUGUUGGUAGAUCGAUGCUUGAUAAUAUUUAUAUAAUGUUUGUGUUUGGUUUAACGACUACAAUUAUUUUAUUCAAAUUCUUGUUUUCUUAUGUUAUAAUUUCUGCUUCUUUCUAACAAAGUUGCAUUUCUGUAAUAGGUCAAGAAUGUUUUAAUUACAACCGUUUUGGU